GAGUGGGUCGGACAUGGAAGCAGCCCACUAAUGCCUGCUUCCGAUCCCUUUUAUUCUUCAGAGAACAAGUCUGACCAAACCCUGGAGCUGAAAGCAACACCAUGGUCUUGUCUCAGCUGCGUGUGUUAAGGAUUUAACCUGGAAAGCUGCGGAUCAUUUGUUAUUCUUUAGGUGCUACAUGCAACAUGGUUUUACUGACAAUAGUUCUGUCGCUGUUGCUCUCCAUGCACAGCAUUACGCACGCAUCAGCGGAUAUCUGCAUUGGUGCGCACUGUUUUGGCGGACAAACAGGCGAUCCAAGACCGUGCACGGGAGCGCACUGUCCAGAGAGCAGAUCCUCCAGGCUUCCCCGGCAGUUCAACCCAGGAAUGCAGGGGAGAGAUGGAAACGCAGCGGUCAGCCACCACCAUGCGUUCCCUACCCCUCAGAGAGCGCUUCUGGAGACCGAGCAGUCGGUCCAGCUGCUGCGGCGGCACGGUAACGCACAGAUGGAAGUGGGAUGCACGGAUGGGGACUGCAGCGUGAGACAGAUCCAUCAUCCCAGGAAUGAAAGCAGAGACUGCAGAGGGAUUGAGUGCAAAUUACCGCUGAGGAUACGACCCAAAGCUCGGGGGAGAUCCUGUGUAGGAGAGGGUUGCCCGGCUGCAGCAGAAGAAACGUCCCCGGUCUACCUGUCGGACAGAGCCGCGCAGUUUCUGGGAGACUUUCCAGAGUUUGGACACACAGCUUCAGAGCUUGGAGGGGCCCCUUUAGGAGUCCAACUGACAUGUGACAUAAAGCCAGGGGAGAAUGAAGUACCUUCAGAAGACGCCCUUAUUUUGCACCUCCAGCUGGCCAAGGGGCAGGAGAAACUGGUGGAAGCCCUUCGUGCCCAGCAGGUCAUAAUCCGUGACCUGCAGCAGAAGCUGGCUGAUCAACAGGAGGCGCUUCUAUCACAGCAGCGCGAAGUCCUGCAGCAGCAACGGCACAUGUAUGAGCAGAUGGAUGCAGUUAAACAACAGUUUGCCCAACUCCUGGAGACGGUCAAGCAGGUGUCCUUCCAGGGCCUGCAGGGAGAGCUGCAGAGCUACUUCGAGAGUCAUUUGGCGGGACUGCAGAGUCAGGCCCGCAGCCAUCUGCAGAAAUCCUACGCUGUGCAUAAAAUGGACAUUGACUCAAAGGUGCUGGAUGUUGUGGGAGAGACUCAUUUUCCGCAGCCUCUGCGUGGAUGCUCUUCACCCUGUGGACCGGAGGAGUUCUGUGAUUUUCAGAGGGAUUCACCUCGGUGUGAGAAAUGCACCAUGUGUCCACCAGGCUUCUUCCUCAUCUCACAGUGCUCCCCAACUGCAGACAGAAUGUGCCAGGACCGAGAUGAAUGUCUUGAACUGCCACACAUUUGCGGAGAGCGGGUGAAGUGUCUCAAUACUCCUGGUGGAUUCAAGUGUCUGGGGGUUUCGGAGAGAGAAGCAGUUAAAAACCUUUGCGGUCAUGAAUACUUCUACAACCAGGAGCUCCAGGAAUGCCAGGCCUGCUCAGAAUGCGAUGGUGAGCCUUUGGUCGUCCCUUGCACCGCCGUCAGCGACACAGUCUGUGGACAGAUUUCAGAGAACAGACUCUCCCAGGCCUGGGUGGCAAAGGUGGCUAUUCCCCCAGCUGGUACGUCUGGUGCUCACAUCUAUCCUGGUCUGCAGCUCAACAUACGCGGGAAAGAGAGCAGUGAUCUUCUGUCAAAUGAGGCCGGAAAGGUGACGUUUCUCCAGCAUGGACUAGUGUGGCUGGAUCAUAACUUUGCUAUAAAGCAUAGCUGCAGGAACUUUCUCCAGGUCGGAAUGAGACUUAACAGGAGCCAGGAGGAGGAUGGUCAGGAUCUCAGCGGAGUCCGCAUAGAACAACCGGAUGGAAAGUACAUCCAGGGCGUUAGCGUCAGCACCGGCGUGGAGGUGGAACCCAACCACAUCUUCACUCUGCUGCUGAGGAGUCCUAAUCAACACUGCAAUCAGAGCAAGGAUCUUCACAUCUUUGAUGUCCCCACACCUUCUCUGAGUCUCCUCUGGCUGUCUCAUGAUACUGGUGCUGUUGCUAUGACAGCCCAAAUGUCCUUGCUGGCACACUACCAGACCAGCUACCGUCCAACUUUCCGCAUCACAACAGUGUCCGACCCCUACAUGAUCAGCCUCACCCAUGACAGCCGUGGUGUGCGCUUCACGGAGAGCGGAGUCGUAAAGUUUGUCAUCCAGCAAGCGCUUUACUCCAUGGGUCACACCUGCAUUCAAGAGGGUUUCUCUCUGAUCGCCUACACCACCCGGAACACCACUGGACUGAAGACUAUACAGGCCUUCAAGACGGGAGUGAAUUACAGGGACACCUCCAUCACCCUCUCUGGUGCAGUGAUGGUAGAAAGCAGAGAGAUGCUCACUUUCGAGAUCACGUCUCCGUCUCAGUGCAACAUCCGGUAUUUUGGGGACAGCACUGGGAUUAGUAUCUUGAGUCUAAUCUGGAUUCCCUCCGCUGUGUCAUCAGCCUUGACUGCCACAGUUUCGCGGACCGGUCUGCCCUCUGGAGCUGUCAGGAAUAAACCAUUGCUGUUUCAACAGAUCAGCCCAGACACACCGCAGGUUCACCUAGCUCGAUCUGGGGAUUCAAACCCCCAAAAGAACUUCAUCUUUCAUGAGAAGGGGACAGCAAACAUCGCCCUCAAUCUCAAAAUGAUCCAUUCAUGCAAUAUAGUCAAACUGACUCUGCAGAGGGCUGGAGGGAAGGGGCACCAGGCCGGUCCUGUGGCUCAGCAGGUGUCUGGAUCAAUGCCCGAAGGCAGCGAGUGGACUAGCAUCGGACUGAGAGCCUCUUUUCAGGUCCAGAACGGCACAUCUGUUUAUGUUACUCUGGAUUGCAUCAGAGGACGUGUAAACCAGAUAACGCACGAGGGUGGCACAAACAUCUCGAUUCUCUGGGUUGCACUUUGAUCCAAGAGGUUGGGGCAUCCAUUUUAGGGAGCUUUGUGAAAACGCAACAACCGCUUUGGGCGGUACUUUUUCCACUUGUACUUUUUCCAAAGUAUAAGUCCUGACUUAUUUUUUGUUUUGAUUAUCCUCACUUGUGCAGGCAUUUGUUACAUGUUUUGUUUUCAGACUGUGUGCAUACAAAGGUACUUGAAUAACUAUAUCAGUAAGCACACACACACAUAUGUAUAUAUAUAUAUAUAUAUAUAUAU